AUUAGUGCAGAAAAUGAAUUUGAAUAAAUUUAGAGUAAUUUCAAAGACAUUUCCAAAACAGAAGUUAUGGCCGGACGGUCGCACCACAUGAUAUUUUGACACUUUAUAAUAAGAGAAAAUUACAAAUAACUAAUGUUUUUUUGAAAAGUUAAAGUGAGUACAUGCAUGGGAGAGGUACUACAUAUAUAUGGUCUCUUUUUAUGCAUUUAAACCAAAUUUUAACUGAAAAAAAUGCAAUCAGACAGAAAAUUUAGGCGUCACGUCAUUGACCCAUAAACGAAACGCUAUUGGCUAUUUCAAAAAAGGGCUAUUCGAUAUGUCCCGCCCUGUGUUCCUGUGGAAAUUACAUCAACACAUCGAAUAAUGCUGUGCAUUCCAAGGCACUUCAGUGGGCCUUUAAAAACAUUCAAAUGAUCUUACGUGGACUCAAGGGCACCAUGAACAGUUUUAAGACGCCCCCUUUCAGGAUAAUGUUUUUUUUUCCCUCUACCUUUUAUAAGAAACUACUAUGAUUUGCUGGUGUUGGUUGUUCCAAGGACUGAGCAACAACAAUAGAAGAUCCAAAUGUCGUUGUCCAUUAAACAGGCUGAAGGUCAAAGCACAGUAAAUCAGUCCAUACAAACAAAGAAAUCCAGAGGGCGAGACAGGAAAGAGAAAACCAGGAAACAGGCAGAUAUCAUAAUCCAGGAACAUAGAAACCAGGGGAAACGCUCAGUAAUGCUGUACAAGACAAGACUUCGCCACGAGACAAACAACUGAACUGGGUUAUAUAGGGAGAGAGACACAGGGAUAAUGAGAUGAUGGGAAACAGCUGUACAUGAUUACACAGAUGACAAAGAAUUGUGGGAAACUGAGUCCAUGAUGUGUGUAGUGUCAGUGGAAACAGUACCCUCUGCAGGCAUGCAAGGGCACUCGCAGCUGGUGGACGUGACAUAGCCUGAAGACUAGGGUUGGGAAUCUUGAGAAAUCUUCCGGUUCCGGUUCCGAUUCCGGUUCUGCCUAACAAUUCCGGUUCUGGUUCCGGUUCCAUUAAAAUAAUUAAACAACUAAUAAAAAAUAGUAAGGGAAAAAUGCACAAUACUUGACUCAAACAGUCCUUUUUGUGUUUAUUAUUCUUGUAAAAUGAAUUUAACAGAACAAAAUCUCAACAAAUUCGCUAACACUUUACAAUAAGGUUCAUUAGUUAAAAUAAGUUAACUACAUUAACAUGAACUAAUAAUGAACUGCAUUUCUACAGCAUUUAUUCAUGUUAAUUUCAACAUUCACUAAUGCAUUAUUAAAAUCAAGAGUUGUAUUAGUUAACAUUAGUUAAUGCACUGUGAAGCAACAUGAACAAACUAUGAACGGCUGUAUUUUUAUUAACUAACAUUAACAAAGAUUAACAAAUACAGUAACAAAUGUAUCACUCAUGGUUAGUUCGUAAAUGAACCUUAAUGUAAAGUGUUACCACAAAUUAGAUAAGAUGCUUGAACACACAUGUAAGAUUCAGACAGGCGAAACAGAAUAUUUUUGUGAGUUGGAUUCAUAAAGACUUGUUUCUGAAAGAAUGAUUCAGUGAUAGACACAUUUUUAACAGUAAAUUUUUUGCCACCUAGUGGCGUAACAAUGCAAUCGAUACAGUUAUUUGAAGUCCAGUUACUUUCAGAAGGUAAUUUAUUUUACAUAAACAUCAGCGUUUCUAUCUGAAUAAUAAGCUUUUGUAUACCAUAAUUUGAAUAGGCCUAUUUGUCACACAGAAUAAUGAUACUGUGCGUUUGAAAAGAUUGUUUAUAUCUACACAAGGGCUUUUCAGUGCAUUCAUUGCUAUAAUAUUCAUGAGGUGAGAUGUCUCUAUUAAAGGAUACGCUCCCCGCAAUUCGCCCCCCCCAUCGCACCAAAACCGUUUUCAGAACCGAAACUUAGAAAUCUUGCACGGUUCCGGUUCUUUUCAAAAAACACUACCGGUUCCGGAUGAGAACCGGCUCUCGGUUCCCAACCCUACUGAAGACACAGGCAGGACAGAAACACAAGGCAAGGCAGACUGGGUAGAGGACCUGGGUGAUGCAGGUUGGUCAGAAGGCCAGGAUGGUGCAGACCGGGCAGAUGACCAGGUUGGUGCAGACUGUGCAGGUGGCCAGGCAGACAGGCUUGAAGACCCCCAUGGCGGAGCAGACGACCGCCACAGCAGAGCAGUCUGGGCUGAAGAUCUCCGCGGCGGAACAAAGGACCCCCAGGGCAGAUCUCAUGUGCAGCGUUCAUGACAACCGGGAACACAGAUGUUUUGUCCAUGACGGCUGAAGACUCUAAACGUGGCAUCCAUGAUGGCUAGAGAUACAUAUGUAACAGUUGGAGGUUCUGCUCGUCUGCCUGUUCCUGUCAUCAGCAGCAACUCUUCACAAUGUUCUUCAUCAUCAUCAUCAUCAUAUUGUUCAUUGGUGUGUUCAGUGGUGAAUGUGAGUCAUGUGACUCUCUCCUGGUACAGAGGAAACAGUUUAUUGUCCAGCAUCAGUGUGUCUGAUCUCAGCAUCAGUCUCUCUCUACCUCUGGAGGUGGAAUAUCAGGAUAAAAACACCUACAGCUGUGUGCUGAACAAUCCCAUCAGCCACCAGACUCAACAUCUGGACAUCACUCAACUCUGUCACACAUGUUCAGACUCUGUCCACUGUUGUGGUCCUACUGAAGCUGUGAUCCGAUUGGUCCUCUCUGCUCUGGUGGGCGUGGCUACUGUCAUUCUUGUGGUUUAUGACAUCAGAUCCAGAAGAGCUGAACGAGAUCAAGCACAGAUUCACACAUCAGGAAGUGCUUAAAUCUAAAGCAGAACGCUGAACUUUAAAGAUUCUUCAAGUGUGUUUUUGUCAUAAUAAAUACUGAUGAUUAUCUGAGCUUCUCUUUCAGUGUCAGAUUUGUAAAAAUCUUAUUUGUAAGGCUUUAUUGUUUAUAUUUCUCUCAGAGACACACAGAUCUCACUUUACUACUACUGCUGUAUAUUUGUCAUGUGUAUUUUACACUGUUGUUGAAGAUCAAAUUAAAAUAGCGUCUUUUUAAUGUGUCUGACGGAGUUGACUUUGUCUACAAAUAUAUCAGUUUAUAAUAAUGUGUUAUUAAAUAAUAAAAACUAACAUCUAAAACAUGUUUUGUCUCUUAUCUCAAG